AUGAGUGGAUUUUUCGCCAAAGUGAAGAAUGCGACAAAGUUUAUCGGCGCGGCGUCUCAAAAGACCAAGCUCAAGGCGGAGAUUGCGUACAUUGACAACACGAUGAAGGGCCGCAAGCAACAAUUUGGUGUGGAAAUGUACGAUUUGAUGGAGCAAAAGAAGACAUUUGGCGGCAAGACGGAAACGGAGCCGAAAGUGGUGGAAGUCUAUGAAGGCGCUGAGAAGGACAUGGCCAUGAUUAUCGAAAAGAAGGACGCCAAGCAGGGCGAAAUUGACGCGCUGGGCGCCACCAACAAGGACUUGCCCGCCGAGACCAUGGGAGAAAAGGCAUCCAAAGCCGGCAAACAAGCCAAGGAUGCCGCCGUCAAGACCAAAAUUCAAGCCGAAAUGGCAUUGUUGGAUCGAGAAAUCAAAGCACGCAAGCAGUUGUUUGGAAUUCAACUCUACGACGCCAUUAUGCAAAUGGAAGCAUAUGAGCCCACUGAUACAGAAGUCAAGGCCAUUCUAGAUGCCGCCAAACAGGAUAUUGGAGAGCAGCAGGCAAAGAAGGAUGUCAAACAGGAAGAAAUCAAUGUGCUAGACGCAGAACAAGCGGCAGCUGGGGAAGCUGUCUCCUCAUCGGCCACAGCACCACCUGCAGAAGCGAACGCCACCACCACCACCAAUUCGGAUGUGUAA